AUGGACACGGGCACCGGCCAGCCUCAGGAUGAAGAGCAGAUCGCGGCGUCCCCACAGCCGCCGCCGUGGCCGCCGCCAAAACCGUCGCAGCCUCAGCCGCCGCAGCCGCCGCAGCCUCCGCCGCCGCCGCAGCCGCCGCCGCCCGCUCCCCCGCUCCCCACUGCCCCUUCGCCAAAACCGGUACCGCAGUUCUGUCCUGAGCCUUCUCCAGAACUCGGUCCGGAGGCGCCCCCAGAAUUAGCCGCAGAACUAGAAACAGAUCCGAUUCCAGAACCAGACUCGGAACCGCCAGAGCUGGACAUAGAACUAGACUCAGAACAAAUCUCAGAACCAGGUCCCAAACCGACCCGGGAACCCGUACCAGAAUCAGCCCCAGAGCCGGCCCAAGAGCUAGUCACAGAAUCUGCCACAGAACCGGCCUCCGAGUGGGUCCCAGGAAUAGACUCAGAACCCGCCCCAGAACCGGUCCCAGAACUAGACUCAGAACCGACCCCAGAGCCGGUCCCAGAUCUAGACAUAGACCCUGCUCCGGAAUGGGUCCCAGAAUCUGCACCAGAUCGGGCCCUCGAGCCGGUCCCAGGACUAGAUUCAGAACCUGCCCCAGAGCUGGUUCCAAAACUAGACACAGACCCGGCCCCAGAGCCGCUCUUAGAACUUCCACCAGAACCGGCCCCAGAGUCGAACCCAGAGCUUGCCCCCAAAUCGGUCCCAGAACCGAUUCCUGAAUCAGCCACAGAUUCAUGCCCUGAACCAAUUCCCGAGAGCUGUCCGGAGCCGAAUCCAGCACCAUGCCUAUUGCCGCGUCUGACAGUCGCUGCGAAGGCGCUGACCACCCCGUCGCUGCCGCGAUCACCAAGACUACCUUCCAGCAUAAAGCCAAGAUCUGCAAACAAACACAUUGGGUGGGAAUAUUUCCACUCGGAUUCUCGGCUGCAGAACGGCGGCGGCGGUUCUGGGAUGGUCAUGUCUUUCAGAGAAAUACUUGCAGAUGUGUUAACUCUGUGGUGCACAAACCAACAGAGAAUAUUGAAAGAAGGACCUCUGAUGAAGAGCUGCAAUUCUUUCCAGAGAUGGAAAGUUAGAUACUUUCUAGUACGAGGACAAAACCUGUACUUUGCGCACCAUCCUUCGUUUGCACGGUUUGAAACAAUUGAUCUUUCCCAAGUUGCCUUGGCAGAAAGCAGCUGUAGGAAUCUUUGGCACAGUUUUUCUGUAAUCACACCAGAACAAAAAGUUACCUUGGCUGCACCAAAUCGGAAAGACAUGGAAGAAUGGAUAAAUGUCAUAAAAACUGUACAACAGGGAGAAAUUCAUAAGAUACCGGCAGCAGAAAACAACCCUUUUCUUGUUGGAAUGCACUAUUGGUAUGCCAGCCAGAGCUCUAAGACCCAGCACUGCAAUAUCUGUCGGGAAACCAUUCCUGCUCUGUCUAGAAAUGUGAUCGUCUGUGAAGUAUGCAAAGUGAAGUCUCACAAAUUAUGUGCUUUGAGAGCUAGUAAAGACUGCAAGUGGAAUACUUUGUCUGUCACUGAUGAUCUUCUUCUGCCUGCAAAUGAAAUAGAAACUAUGCCACAUCAGUGGGUAGAAGGAAAUAUAUCUGUUGAUUCUCAAUGUGCAGUUUGUCAUAAAAAAUGUGGUAGCAAUCAAAGACUUCAGGAUUACCGCUGCCUGUGGUGUCAUCAAACGGUGCAUGAUGACUGCAGGCGGUGGUUUUCCAAGGAAUGCUGCUGUGGGAGUCAUCAUCCAUCCAUCAUCCCUCCCACAGCUAUCAGCGAUCCCAAAGGGGAUGGUCAAUUAGUAAUAUCAUCAGACUUCUGGAAUCUUGAUUGGUCAUCACCCUGUUCAUGUCCCCUUCUCAUCUUCAUCAAUUCAAAAAGCGGUGAUCACCAGGGGGUCGUCUUUCUCAGGAAAUUCAAGCAAUACCUCAACCCAUCUCAAGUUUUUGACCUAUCGAAGGGUGGACCAGAAGCCGGGCUCUGCAUGUUCAAAAAUUUUGCUCGCUUUCGUAUUGUAGUUUGUGGUGGAGAUGGUAGCAUAAGCUGGGUCUUAUCGGUGAUUGAUGACUUUGGAUUACAUGAAAGGUGUCAGCUAGCAGUCGUCCCGCUUGGAACAGGCAACGAUUUGGCCCGCAUCCUAGGCUGGGGUGCUUUCUGGAACAAAAAUAAGUCUCCUUUGAACAUCCUCAACAGAGUAGAGCAGGCUCGUGUCAGGACUCUAGACAGAUGGAGUGUGAUGAUCCGUGAGACUCCCAAACAGACCUUACUACGAGGAGGAGCAGUUGAAAUAGAUGUAUCCAAGUUUGAGGCUGCUGCCAUCCGGAACUUAGAGUCUGCAAACACUGAGUUGAACAAAAUCCUGAGAGCCAAGUACCCCACAGAGAUAGUCAUUGCAGCGAGAUUCCUGUGCUCAGCUGUAGAAGAUUUCAUGCUUGAUAUUGUAAAGGCCUGGAGUAGAAUAAAACAGAACAAUACAGCAAUAGAGUCUGUUAUUUUGAAAAGUGACAUCAUGUAUGACAAGCUCAGUGUCCUUAUUGAUAUCCUUACUGAGGAGGGAUCAGUUGAGUGUGUUAAAGUAGGUGCAGUGAUCAGCAAAGCAGGUGGGAAGCCCUUCAUACCUCAAAUAGACCACACGAACAAAUGCAAGCUGGAGCUGGCGACAAAGGCCCAGAACCUCCAGAAAUCCUUGAAACUCAUCGUAUUCCAAGUUGAACAAGUUCUAGAUGAACAAAGUCGACAGACCAUUUCAGUUAAGAACUUUAGUUCAGCUUUCUGCCUUGAAGAUGACUCCGAAGAUAUUAGCCAGAUGAGCCCAAGAACACGUUCUCAACGUGGUGCUUUGGCUUCUAUAUCUUCUCUCAAAAAUGAAGACUUAGAACAUCUCAAUUUGGAGUAUUUACAUCUCAAACCUGAAACUAUACGCUUCAAAGAAAGAUGUGUCAUGAAUAACUAUUUUGGAAUUGGAUUGGAUGCUAAAAUUUCUCUGGAGUUCAACACCAGAAGAGAUGAACACCCAGAUCAAUACAAUAACCGCCUCAAGAAUAAGAUGUGGUAUGGGCUACUGGGAAGCAAGGAAAUUUUCCAGCGCUCUUACAGGAAACUAGAGGAACGAGUGCACCUGGAGUGUGAUGGAGAAGCCAUUUACUUGCCAAACCUGCAAGGCAUUGUAGUGCUCAACAUUACCAGCUAUGCUGGAGGUAUAAAUUUCUGGGGAAGCAGCACAGCUACCACAGAAUAUGAAGCUCCUGCCAUAGAUGAUGGGAAGCUGGAGGUAGUGGCAAUAUUUGGCUCCAUGCAGAUGGCAAUGUCACGCAUCAUCAAUCUACAUCAUCAUCGCAUCGCCCAGUGCCAUGAGGUGAUGAUAGCUAUUGAUGGUGAUGAAGGUAUCCCAGUGCAGGUGGAUGGGGAGGCCUGGGUUCAGAUGCCAGGCCUUAUCAAGAUAAGAUACAAGAAUGCUGCCCAGAUGUUAACAAGAGAUCGGGACUUUGAGAACUCGAUGCAAAAGUGGGAGUGCAAGCAUGCUGAAAUUCAAGCUGCCACUCAACCACAGUUGGAUUUACAAGAACUUCAAAACAGCCUUUCAGAUGAGGAGUAUGCACAAAUACAGCGCUUAGCUCAGCUAGCAGAUAUCCUCAUCAGCAGACUUACUGACCUGAACAAGGUACAACAAUAUGUGUAUGUUCUCAUGGAUUCUGUGAAUGCCAGUGCUAAGAUCUUGAAUGAGAUAUUUUAUAGCCAACACAAUGAGUCUGGUGCAGCUUCCUGCACUCCCACUGAGACUAUAAGCAGAAAUGAUGCCAUAGAUGUUACAUUUAGUCUGAAGGGGCUCUAUGAUGACACCAAAACUUUCCUGGAUGAAAAUUUGCUGAGAAAUGUUGAAAAUGAGGCCAUGCUGAAAACUACACUGGAUGCCAUGAAUCAGGAGUUUGAAAAACUCUCUAAAAUCGACUGGAUUAAUCCUAUUCUUUUUCCAGAGGAGGAAUAUUCAGAAUUUCACAGUAGACACCACAAAUUGAAAAUAAAAUUUCCAAAAUUUGGGAAGAAGUCAAAAAAGGAAGAUAAGGCUAAAUCAAGGAAACGAAUUCAGAGUUUUCUUGACAGUCUCUUCAAGUACAAAUAUUCUGUUUUAUUUGAAUGUUUGAGCCAUCCUUUCAGUACUGAAUUCAAGUAUUACUGA